AUGAAGGUCUACUUUAAAUCAUUUAAAGAAGUAGUGGAGCAUGUGGUAUCCACCCUCAGUGAAGACGUUAUAAAAGUGUUUGCCUGCACUGGCUUCAAGGUCUGGAAGAGAAGAAACAUUUUUGUGUUUGAAGGAAAAUUCGAGAAUCCCUCAAGGGUGGCUUUGUCUGCUUUAAACCUGUCCAAGGACUUGAAGGAGGCCAAUGACAGCAAUACGGAAAUGGACCAUGGAAGGCAAUUGGAAAGCGGACCAUGGAGACCUCCCCCUUUGAAUGUCUACAAGGCCAACUGGGAUGCCUCUAUUGAUAGAGCAAGUAGCAGAAUGGGGAUAGGUGUGGUGGUCACGAACUGGGAAGGGCGCGUGAUGGCAACUCUGAGAUCCUCUAGGAAGCUGGUUCCUGAUGCUAAACUUGCAGAGGCAGUAGCAGCCCUCAGAGCAGUUCUUUUUUGCAAACAAUUAGGAAUCUCAAGAUUACUACUAGAAGGGGAUGCUCUCAAUGUAGUUAAUGAUCUCAACAGGGAGGAAGUGGAUUGGAGUGCAAAGGGAAUGAUCAUUCAAGACAUUAAAUCUGAGCUCAAGUAA